AUGCCUGAUCCCUCGGACGCGCCAGAGGCUGUGUUUCCCGAUUCUACGACGCAGGUCCCCUCGUGGGCGCCGUCGCCUCCGCCAGCCUUCAAGUCGGAGCCGGUGCCGGAGCCGGAGCCGGAGCAUGAGCCCAAAGAGUCGCGCCCCAAGCAGAGGACGAUUUGUGGGCUGGUGCCAGCUGUCUUCAUACUGCUGGUCACACUUGCUGUGGUCAUUAUCGCAGCAGCGGUAGGUGGAGGUGUCGGCGGGUCGAUGGCGGUGAAGAAUGCGAGAUCACGAGGGUACAGAGAAGGAGUAACGGUGGGAUGGAACAGAUGUCCCACGGCCUACCCAUCCUCAACAACCACGACGACGUCAGAACCAUCCGCAUCACCAACAACGGAGACAGGCUACCAACCACCGGACGACGUCGUUCUGGCGCUGAAUUGUCCGUCCCUCACCGGUGACAUGACUUCUACCAAGCUCGGCGCCCAUACCUACGACUUCGACAGCGAGUGUGGCGUCGACAGAACAGGCGACGGAAUCGUCAUUAUCGGCGUGAUGGCCUACUCCUUCGAGCACUGCCUACGCGCCUGUGGGGCGUAUAAUCGCUACGACAAUAACGACAGCAAGUGUCUGGCCAUUACGUUCUUUGCGAACCUGACAUCGAUCGAUGACUCGUUUAGUGGCAACUGCUAUCUGAAAAAUGCGCAGGGGAGCAGGAAGCCGUUUGACGCUUCAGAGCGCACUACCACAAUUUCGGCCCUGCUCGUGGAAGACGAUUAA